CGAAAGCAUCUCUCUCUCCGACACCGGCUCCACCACCUCCGCUCUCGCACCCGGCGCAGCACACCCGUGCAUCACAGCGCCAGCCUUCCACGUCGCGCUCCUCGCUCCGCCUGCGCCAUGUCCUCGGCCAUCGAGCUCAUCAACCCGCGCGCCGAGAGCGUGCGGCGCGCACAGGCGCUCGGCGUCAACUGCGCCGGCGCCAUGGGCCUCGCCAACGUCGUCAAGUCGAACCUGGGCCCGCGCGGCACGAUCAAGAUGCUGGUCGAUGGCAGCGGCAACCUCACCAUGACCAAGGACGGCUGCCGUCUCCUCAAGGAGAUGCAGAUCCAGAACCCGACGGCCUCGAUGAUUGCGCGCACUGCCGUGGCGCAGGACGACCAGUGCGGCGACGGCACCACGAGCGUCGUGCUGCUCGUCGGCGAGCUGCUCAAGCAGGCUGAGCGCUACAUCCAGGAGGGCGUGCACCCGCGCGUCAUCAGCGAGGGCUUUGAGCUGGCAAAGACGAGCACGCUGAAGUUCCUCGAGACGUACAAGCAGACGCCCGAGCUGGACCGCACGACGCUCAUCUCUGUGGCGCGCACGUCGCUGUCGACGAAGCUGCACGCCAAGCUUGCAGCGCAGCUCGCAGGCGACGUUGUUGACUCUGUGCUUGCAAUCCGGCCGUCUACGAGCACCAAGAUCUCUGCGCCCGCGCCUACGGGCGACAAGAGCGCCGAGAACCCGGCCGAGUGGGAGGUGCGCGACCCCAUCGACCUGCACAUGGUGGAGAUCAUGAAGAUGCAGCACCGCCACGAGACGGACACGCAGCUCGUCCGCGGCCUCGUCAUGGACCACGGCGCACGCCACGCCGACAUGCCGCGCCGCGUCGAGAACGCAUACGUGCUCACGCUCAAUGUCAGCCUCGAGUACGAGAAGACCGAGGUCAACUCGAGCUUCUUCUACUCGUCGGCCGAGCAGCGCGAGAAGCUAGUCGAGUCGGAGCGCCGGCACGUCGAUGCCAAGCUGAAGAAGAUCAUCGAGCUGAAGCAGGCCGUGUGCGAUGCGCCGACGGACGGCUCGUCCAGCGAGAAGCCGAAGCAGUUCGUCAUCUUCAACCAGAAGGGCAUCGACCCGCUGUCGCUCGACGUGCUGGCCAAGCACAACAUCCUGGCACUGCGCCGCGCCAAGCGCCGCAACAUGGAGCGUCUGCAGCUCUGCUGCGGAGGUGUCGCGCAGAACUCCGUCGACGAUCUCUCGCCUGACAUUCUCGGCUACGCGGGUCUCGUGUACGAGCACACGCUCGGCGAGGAGAAGUACACGUUUGUCGAGGAGUGCCGCGAGCCGAAGAGUGUCACGCUGCUCAUCAAGGGCCCCAACGCACACACCAUCUCGCAGAUCCAAGACGCAGUGCGCGACGGCCUGCGCUCCGUCAAGAAUGCGAUCGAGGAUGCCUCGCUCGUUCCCGGCGGCGGCGCCUUCCAGAUUGCUGCAGCACAGCACCUCGAGGAGCAGACGAAGAAGGCGGCCAAGGGCCGCAGCAAGCUUGGCGUGCAGGCGUUUGCCGAUGCGCUCCUCGUCAUUCCUAAGACGCUGGCUGCCAACGGCGGCUUCGACGUGCAGGAUGCCAUUGUGGCGCUGCAGGAUGAAUGCUCGGCCGGCAACGUUGUCGGCCUCGACAUUCUCACCGGCGAGCCGACGGACGUGGUCACGCAGGGCAUCUGGGACAACUACCGCGUCAUCCGGCAUAUGCUGCACAGCGCCUCCGUCAUCGCCACCAACAUCCUCGCCGUCGAUGAGAUCCUGCGGGCGGGCCGCAGCUCGCUGAAGAGCGAGCAGCCGGGGCCUUGAGAGGCGCCGGAGCAAGCAUCAAAGAGGGAGAGAGGCGGAGAGGCGCUGGGAGGCGCAUAGGCAAUCACCAUGAGAUGCGCACAG